AAAAUACUCCCCCAGUAGUAAAGCACACACACACACAGGGAUAUCCACACAAACACCCCGACACAGCUACCCAUUCAUAUGUGGCUGACAGAUUAAUUACAUCACAUAAGGAGGAGUGAAUGUAAUCGGAAAUAUAUAUUUUUAAAAAUACCCCCUCAUAUAUGCCAAUGUUGUGAAUUAUAGAGAAGCAAAUACAUGCUUUAUUUAAAAAGCUGGUCAAUCCAGAUAAGAAAUGUCAUUGCUUCAAAAAAAAAAGUGUUAGUGAAUAGCAAGUAUACAUGCUAAAUUAAGUAAGACCUAUAGAGAAUUAAAUGCCAUUCAAAACAGUUUCAAGCUUCUCUUCUUAAAUAAUACAGCCACUGGUGAACUUCACAGAGAGGGUGUCGGAGGCUCUGCAUCCCUCCCAGUUGUUUUUAGUAUUUGGGAAAUCCUUAUUAGUAGUGCCCUGCUAUUUUCAGAGAGAAAACACAGUUUCUCCAAAUGACGGAUAACCUAAAAACGGGAAAAUUGUCAAAAAUUCCUCCUUCUCAAAAAAAGAAAGGAAGGAAGGAAGGAUAGGUGGAAGGAAUGAAGGAAGAAAGGAAGGAAGGGAGGGAGGAUGGAAGGGAGGAAAGGAGGAAGGAAGGAAGGAAGGGAUUGGUACCUAGGAAAAUAUGCAAGCCUGUUUCAUUUAUUUGUAUCCUAAGCAGCAGUGUCAUAGAACAGACAGGUUGUUUCAGCCAACCAGACGGGAGCAGCUGCGAGUGCUACAUCUUGGCAGUCCGAAGCGAUUGGCUCCUCUCUGGGGAGUGGAGGGUGUUCAGUUAUUAAUGACCGCUGAGCAGGCAGCACCAUGUCAGUGUGACAACUGAUCGGGUGAACGAUGCACCACUAACCACCAUGGAAAUAAGAAGAAAUAAAACCAGCUUGCAGGAUCUCUCUUCACUGGAUUGAGAGCCUCAGCUUGCCAACUGAGAGAGAGUUCCGGGAAAAAGAAGGAAAUCCUGGCUGCAGCCUCCUGCUUUCCUUUAUAUUUUAAAAUACAGAGACAAGAUCGCUUGCAUGUGUGUACAUCUAUAGUUCAUGUUUCUGUAUACUUUAUUAUACACGUACACACACAUGCACCUAUUUACACCCGGGUAAGAAGACAACCAUGUGAUUCUCGCAACUAAGGAACGGAGGAAUCCAGCACGCAGGGACACCGGAGGUGUUGUAACACAGAAACUGCCUUUGCAAGCAACCUGAUGAGUUGCUGAUCAUCUUUUAAGACUGGAGAAUGAGGUUCCACGCAGUUAAAGAUUUGCCACAGUCAGGGAGCUAAGAUGUGGAGGAGCCAAGGUCUUCUGACUCCAAAGAUGGGUACAGCACUGAUCACAGUACCCCGACACUUUUUAAAGACCCUAGGAAGAGCAGUGCUUGUGGGAUCAGAAAGCACAGGCAGCGUACAUGUACCUGGUCCAUGGAAUCGACUCAAGCUGGAAUUAGUGUUUCUUUUCUUUUCACUACACCAGGGACAGGCACAGUCUUCAGCUAUUCCUAUCAUAAUAAGAGAGAAUCUUAUAGUUUAAGAAUCUCAACUGAUUUGAGCAUCUGAAAAUAUGAGAAUCUAAGGAAACCAUUCUGAAAGACAUUAGCAUCAUGCUGCUAUUCCUGCAAGUACAGAACAAGCAUGGGAUUUGACUAUUUUACUCCUAAAUAAAUGAAUUGCUCAAUUUCCUGUGACCAUCUAUACAUACUUCAUCUUCAAAAAGUGUGCCAAUAUUCUAUCAUAAAGGAGAUAGUGACAUUCUUUUUUCCAAUAUGCAUGACAUUUCUGGACAAUGCAGUUGUGGCAUUGGCACUAAUUUCCAUGAAGAAAACCUUUGCAGUUCAAUGGCAUUCAUUAUUUGACAAAUGCAACUAUUUUCCUUAUCAAUCAGCUCUUACUGAACUUACUAGCAGUGACUGUGGAAACCUUAAGGGCCCAUUAAAUUUCUAAGAAGAAAGCUAAGAUGAAGGACAUGCCACUCCAAAUUCAUGUGCUACUUGGCCUAGCUAUCACUACACUAGUACAAGCUGUAGAUAAAAAAGUGGAAUGCCCACAAUUAUGUACAUGUGAAAUCAGGCCUUGGUUUACACCUAAAUCCAUUUAUAUGGAGGCAUCUACAGUGGAUUGUAAUGAUUUAGGUCUUUUAAAUUUCCCAGCCAGAUUGCCUGCUGACACACAGAUUCUGCUCCUACAGACUAACAAUAUUGCAAAAAUCGAAUACUCCACAGACUUUCCAGUAAACCUUACCGGCCUGGACUUAUCGCAAAACAACUUAUCUUCAGUCACCAAUAUUAAUGUAAAAAAGAUGCCCCAGCUUCUUUCUGUGUACCUAGAGGAAAACAAACUUACUGAGCUGCCUGAAAAAUGUCUGUCUGGACUGAGCAACUUACAAGAACUCUAUAUUAAUCACAACUUGCUUUCUACAAUUUCACCCGGAGCUUUUAUUGGCCUACAUAAUCUUCUGCGACUUCAUCUCAAUUCAAAUAGAUUGCAGAUGAUCAACAGUAAGUGGUUUGACGCUCUUCCCAACCUGGAGAUUCUGAUGAUUGGCGAAAAUCCAAUCAUCAGAAUCAAAGACAUGAACUUUAAGCCGCUUAUCAAUCUUCGCAGCCUGGUUAUAGCUGGUAUAAACCUUACGGAAAUACCAGAUAACGCUUUAGUUGGACUUGAAAACUUAGAAAGCAUCUCUUUUUAUGACAACAGGCUUAUUAAAGUACCCCAUGUUGCUCUUCAAAAAGUUGUAAACCUCAAAUUUUUGGAUCUAAAUAAAAACCCCAUUAAUAGAAUAAGGAGGGGUGAUUUUAGCAAUAUGCUACACUUAAAGGAGUUGGGGAUAAAUAAUAUGCCCGAGCUAAUUUCCAUCGACAGUCUUGCUGUGGAUAACUUGCCAGAUUUAAGAAAAAUAGAAGCUACUAACAACCCCAGGUUGUCUUACAUUCACCCUAAUGCAUUUUUCAGACUACCCAAGCUGGAAUCACUCAUGCUUAACAGCAAUGCCCUCAGUGCCCUGUACCAUGGUACAAUUGAGUCUCUGCCUAACCUCAAGGAAAUCAGCAUACACAGCAAUCCCAUCAGGUGUGACUGUGUCAUCCGUUGGAUUAAUAUGAACAAAACCAACAUUCGAUUUAUGGAGCCAGAUUCACUGUUUUGCGUGGACCCACCUGAAUUCCAAGGCCAGAAUGUUCGGCAGGUGCAUUUCAGGGAAAUGAUGGAAAUUUGUCUCCCUCUUAUAGCUCCUGAGAGUUUUCCUUCUAACGUGGAUUUAGAAGCUGGGAGCUAUAUUUCCUUACACUGUAGAGCUACUGCAGAGCCACAGCCUGAAAUCUACUGGAUAACACCUUCUGGUCAAAAACUCUUGCCCAAUACUCUGACAGACAAGUUCUAUGUCCACUCUGAAGGCACACUAGAUAUAAGUGGCAUAACCCCAACAGAAGGGGGUUUAUAUACUUGUAUAGCAACUAACCUGGUUGGUGCUGACUUGAAGUCUGUUAUGAUCAAAGUGGAUGGUUCUUUUCCCCAGGAUAACAAUGGAUCCUUGAAUAUUAAAAUAAAAGAUGUUCAGGCCAAUUCAGUCCUGGUAUCCUGGAAAGCAAGUUCUAAAAUUCUCAAAUCCAGUGUUAAGUGGACAGCCUUUGUCAAGACUGAAACUUCCUAUGCUGCCCAAAGUGCUCGAAUACCAUCUGAUGUCAAGGUCUAUAAUCUCACUCAUCUGAACCCAUCAACUGAGUAUAAAAUUUGUAUUGAUAUCCCCACCAUCUAUCAAAAGAACAGAAAACAGUGUGUAAAUGUCACCACAAAAGGUUUGGACCCUGAUCGAAAAGAAUAUGAAAAGAGAAACACCACAACAUAUAUGGCCUGCCUUGGAGGCUUUCUGGGGAUUAUUGGGGUGAUAUGUCUUUUCAGCUGCCUCUCUCAAGAAAUGAACUUGGAUGGUGGACAUAGCUAUGUGGGGAAUUACUUACAGAAACCAAGCUUUGCAUUCAGUGAGCUUUAUCCUCCUCUGAUCAAUCUCUGGGAAGCAGGCAAAGAAAAAGGUACAGCAUUGGAAGUAAAAGCAACUGUUAUAGGUGUGCCAACAAAUAUGUCCUAAAAACAACCAACUAAACCUACUUCAAAGAAAAGCUCAAAACUAUGGUUGUGCUUAAAAAAAAAAAUGGCAGAGAAACGUUACUUUCUAGAAAGACGUUUAAGCAUCACCAAUGCUGCUCCUGACCAAUGGAAAUAUGUACAAGUUCAGCAUUUUAACUAACUGGCUUCAAAGGGUACUGUGGCAACCAAAUAAAAUAAUUCCAUUUUCUAGAACUUUCAUGUAACUUUUAUGUCUGGACUACAGUUAAAGUGGACAAAAACAUUUCUGUAUUUUUUUUAAGUAUAUAAGAGUAGUUGAACUGAGCAAUACCUCCUCCUGUGUUGUAUUACACAUAUUAGCCACGAGUUUUUGCAGUGACCAGAUAAACUUGAAUUGACACGUGGUGUAACAAAAUGGACAAAUUCUGUAGAGUAGACACAGUGAGUAUGUGGACCUCUUUUAUAAGGAAAAAUACAUUUUGGAUUAAAAUCAA